AUGCUCGAGGCUUCCGCAGCCAAGGGUUGUCAUCUCUGCAAGUUAGUCCUGCGGGCACUCAUGAAGAGCGAGCGACCAGAUGGCGAGCAGCAUUUACCGGAACGCCCAGUCUAUCUGUCCUUUGGUCGAGCAGAUCUUGCAGGGCGGCCUGCCCGGAUUGAUGUGAGAAUUGAGCCCGAGAGUUUGGAGACUGCAGGGAGGCCCAGGGUAGCCGGGAACAUGAAACCCGGAUACUCCAUACGAUCAGAGGGCGCGAAAGAGAAAGUCCUCACGAACCCGGGCCCCAUGUAUCCCGGACAAGACCAAUGGUUCUGGAUUGCUGACUGCAAAGAUGGCUUCGAGUACUAUCAAGGCAAUACAGAGAUUUCUGCGGCUGCUUUCUGGGCCUUAGUGAAUCCCUACUACUCUGCCACAGUUGAGAUCUAUGGACUUCCAGUCGAUGUAACGUCCGUGCUUGAGAAAUGUUCGCCGAUGGAGGAUCUAUCCACUGGUUCUUCUGCUGCUCUGCAUCUGGCUUUGAGCUGGCUCAAGUCAUGCAUGCAUACACACUUCCCAUGCCGUCACUUCGCGCCCAAUUUCCCCAACUUACCAACAAGGGUCAUAGACAUUGGGCCGUCAGACCGCAGUACGCCUCCCAGGCUCCACGUAUCGACAGCGGGUCAAAAAGGCUGGUACCUCACGCUCAGCCACCGCUGGGGAACUUCUAACCAUUGUCGAACAACGAAGAGCCGAGUGCUUGAGUUCGAGCACGCGAUUCCUCAGAACGAACUGUCAAAAACAUUCCUGGACGCCAUGGACAUCACACGGAGGCUGGGAUUUCGCUAUCUGUGGAUUGACUCGUUAUGUAUUAUCCAGGACGACGAGUCGGACUGGCAAACAGAAGCCGCGAAGAUGGGAGAUGUGUAUCGCCAGGGCUUUUUGAACCUUGCCGCUGUCGAUUCAGACGAGCCAGGGUUUUUCAGGGAUCGCGAUGGCGCAUUGAAACGGCCCUGUAAGCUUGACAUCAAAGUCCCGGAUGGGGUUCUUCCUCUGAACAAUGGCGACAUCAUCCACGCUUUGCCGCGCCAGAAGUUGGGGCCUAAGAAGCUUUCCCAGGCGUAUCGCGGACCUCUUGACUCUCGCGGGUGGGUCCUUCAAGAGUACAUGCUCGCCCGCAGAACCCUCAACUUCGGCAAGAAGAUGAUCUACUGGGACUGCCUGACGAUGCUUGCCUCGGAGCCAACGCCAGAUGGGGCGAAAACGGGCGAAAUAGGGAUCAACGACGAUGGUGAUUUUGUCCAACGGUUCAAAGCCGGGAUAAGUGGUGAACUCCGGGGAUUGAAAGAACCGCUGAGUAGAGACAGUCAGGCCUUUUCUCGGAUUUGGUUCUUGGCUGUUGAAGCAUACACACGCCGUAAGCUGACUUUCGAGAAGGACAGAUUGACUGCAAUUGCAGGUUUGGCUAUUGAGUACCAGAAGGUGACAGGUGACGUGUAUCUGGCGGGACUGUGGAAGCGACAUCUUCUUGAUGGGUUGUUGUGGAGUGUUUGGGCACGCGGAUGCCCUACUGUCGGAAACACGGUGGCCCAAAAGGGUGACCAUGGUCCGUACGGAGAGCGCUUUACAAACUUCCAAGCGCCGUCAUGGUCUUGGGCGUCUGUGUCGGGUUACAUCCGAUACAUCGAAAUAUACGAACGGGAUGAUCGAGUCGGACAAACUUUCAUGGCCGAAGUGCUUCAUGCAGACUGCACUCCCUUGGAUCCACGCAUGACCUCGUCCAGUUACAGUGGCCACCUACUCAUACGCGGCCAUCUUUUGAGAGCCGUUACCGAGGCUACGAAUCCUUUCUCAAUCGACUGGGAGGCUCAAAAGAGGAGUGAUUCAGCGGCGACGCUGAUCAACUAUGCUAGGGAAAUGGAAAAAAUCAGUGCCUCACCACUGUCGACCACAAUAAAGCCGAAGGAAGCGAAAGCCGGACCGUCGAGACGAGAGUUUUCAGCCGAAACAGAAUGCGAUGAGCAGGUGGAUCAAGAUGCCCUUAUCUCUAAGUUAGUCGAGACCGAUGGGCAGUCGGACAUUGCGCCAGAGACCAAGGGCAAAACUGCGUUGCGGGAAAUGGAGAAGUUGCCGGAAGUCCAGCCCAUUUCACAAACUGAUAUCGCAUCUCCGGCUCCAUUUCCCCAUGAGCCCGAUUACACGAAGUUGUCAGAGGGAAUGCUGAGGGCCUUUGCUCCCGGCAUCGACAUGGACGAAUUGCAGUCCGCCAUCAGCGUCAAAGCCGACCACAUCACCGUCGACGUGCAGGCAAUACAACGUGCAGGGGAGAGGACAAUCAAUAAGCUAGUAUCAGAGCCUUUCGGCCGAACCGUGACGGUCAUGGACACCAGGCAUGCACUAGCGGCAGUAUGGCCGGUACAUACCCUGCUUGAUCCGCAGAGCCGGAAAAUGAUUGGAUUUUGGUCACCUGACAUCUCUGAUGAGCUUGGAAUUACGGUCGGAAGAAUGCUAGUAUCAUGCCUGGCGAUCUCGCGGCGCAAAAACUUCGUCUGGUGUUUAGGGUUGGUGCCGAAGGGUCAUUCUGAUGAGUGGUCGCGUGCCGGACUGGCAUAUAUCAUCGCUGAAGAAUGGGAUGCGAGAGUGCAUGGAUCAUCAGCGACUGUGAAGAUAGUCUAG